AUGGCGGAAAUCAUCAACGUCAUAGUUGCUUUUGUUGUCAUCAUAUUCAUAUUUCGGUGGGCAACUUCGGGGAGCAACACAGAUCGUACUGCAGCAGACACCCUUGGUUUCAGACCGAAAAAUGUAUCACAAGAGAUGCUAGAUACAAUUUCAAACAUGUUCCCAGAUAUCCCAUUAGACAACAUUCGCUACGACCUUCUACGAACAGGCAGCGUUGAACUUACGACGAACAGAAUACUGGAACGGGGAUACUUGGAUGCACCACCCCCAUCGUAUUACCAGCUUUAUUCCCGAGAACCCACACGUCCUCGUUCUCCCGCAAACACCAAUAAUGCCCCGGUCCUUCUCAAAGCAAAGGAGAAUCUCAUUGAACGCUUUGACCUACAACAUCUUGUGGACGCAAACACAGAGCCGAUUCCGGAUUCGGAGAUUGGUGGGCGGUCGGUUUGGGAGGAUACGCCAGAGAAGAGGGAGGCUAGUUUGAAAGAAAGAAAGGCCAAAAUGAUAUUAGCUGCAAGACAGCGAAUGCUGGCUGCCCAGAAGAACGAAACAUAG